AUGUCCCAAUUCCCUUCAGACGUGAACAGCCCGGAGCGGAGUGAAGCCGGCUCUCCGCUCCUCCUACAUUCACCCCCAAGCGCAGAUACCCCGGCGACGCAACAAUCCGUCUUAUUCGAUGAUGACCUGAACCAUCGCUUGCAGGACUUGGUGUCGGACAACCAAUACAUUCUUGUGACAGGAGGCCUCGGAUUCAUCGGCAGUCAUACCACCCUGGAAUUGCUGAAAGCGAAUUACAAUGUCAUCGUGAUCGACAACCUCAGCAACUCUUACGAGAAUGUCUUCGAUCGCAUCCAAACGUUGGCCGCCAAGUACCACGAAGAGAAAGGUACUCCUAUGCCUUCGCUCAAGAAACAUUCUCAUGACUACCGGGACAUGAACGCCUUGCGUGAGCUCCUCGAGGAGUACAAGCUCCCAUCCCGCUGGGGUUCACCAAAGUCAAAGAUAGCCGGUGUCAUCCACUUUGCUGCGCACAAGGCUGUGGAAGAAAGCAUUCGACAGCCAUUGAAGUACUACGCAAACAAUGUCAGCGGCCUCAUCGACUUUGUUGGCGUUCUUGGCGAGUACGGAAUCAAGACUUUCAUCUUCUCUUCCUCGGCAACAGUGUAUGGAACCCUCGCAACGUCGAACCUUCCGCUCAAGGAAGAACUUUGCGUCCAUAAAAAAGAAGUCGUCAAAGACAACGACGGACUCGAAAGAAUUGUACAGCCCGGUUGCACUGGAAUCACCAACCCUUACGGCAGAACCAAGUGGAUGUGCGAAGCUAUCUUGGCUGACGUCGCGGCAUCGGACCCGGAAUGGACGAUUGUCGCUCUCCGCUACUUCAAUCCCAUCGGAUGCGACUCCUCUGGCCUUCUUGGUGAGGAUCCCAAGGGAAUUCCCACCAAUCUUCUUCCGGUUGUCGUGAAAGUGAUGACUGGCCAAUACGAAGAGCUUCAGAUGUUCGGCACCGACUGGGACACCGAAGACGGCACAGCCGUCCGGGACUUCAUCCACGUCACUGAUCUCGCCAGAGGACACAUCGCAGCCCUAAACGCCGCCAAUGAGGGAAAGAUCCGCGAAAACUUCCGGACAUUCAACCUCGGAACCGGACAGGGCCACUCAGUCCGCGAGGUGGUUGAGACGAUGGAAAAUGUAUCAGGGAAACCAAUCGCCAGAAAAGCCGUUGGAAGGCGCCCUGGCGACGUCGGUUACUGUGUCGCAGUACCCGAGAGGUCCUGGCAGGAACUUGAAUGGAAGACGGAGAAGAGUUUGACAGAUGCUUGCGUUGACAUAUGCAAUUUCCUGCGUGUUAGUGGGCUCACAAACUAG